UAGGCCGCAACUAUCACAAAAAAGCCUGCGAAAUCCUGGGGGGACUGACUUAUAAUUAGAAAACAUAUAUGUUCUCGAACGGCUAUUGUUGAAUUAUAUUUUUUGUUUCUUUGUUUUUUACAGAUACCUUGCCACUGGUGAUUCCUUUAAGACCAUCAGUUUCAUCUACCGUGUGGGACACUGCACAGUAGCCAGAAUCAUUGACGAGGUGUGCAAGGUCAUCUGGGACUGCCUGGUGAAUGAGUUCAUGCCUGUGCCAAAGAAGGACAGCUGGCGUGCCAUCGCUGAUGGAUUCCUCCAAGAGUGGAAUUUUCCAAAUUGUGUGGGAUCCAUCGACGGGAAGCACGUCGUUGUCCAGGCUCCCUCCAGUUCCGGAUCGCUGUACUUCAACUCCAAGCACACAUUCUCCAUUGUGUUGCUUGCGGUCGUAGAAGCAAACUACAUAUUCCGGAUGGUGGAUGUGGGUGGGUAUGGCCGGAAUAGUGAUGGCGGAACUCUGUCCAACUCCCCUUUCGGUCAGGCCCUGAGGGAUGGCACGUUGGACCUGCCAGAUGACCGCGCCAUUCCGGGUGCAGAAAACAGGGGCCCAAUGCCAUUUGUUUUUGUGGCGGAUGAGGCCUACCCACUGCGCUGUGACCUCAUGCGACCCUUCCCUGGCACGAACCUCGCCACAGGCAGGCGGGCAUUUAAUUACCGGCUCAGCCCUGCCAGGCUGAUUGUGGAGUGCGGCUUUGAGCUCCUCUCCAGUCAGUGGAGAAUGUAUAGGAGGAUCAUUUCGGUCAAAGCCGCAAAAGCCGAGGACUGUGUUAAGGCCACCUGCAUCCUCCAAAACUACAUGAGGAUGACAAGACCGAGGAGGACAACCAUAGAGCCUGACACGUCUGGGCGGGUGGAGGGAUCAGCAGGUCUCGUGGAUGCACAUCCGCGUCAGAGAGAAAUUCCCUGCCUAUUUUAA